ACACACACACACACGCAAACAUACACGCGCACACGCACUCACCCAAGCUCUUCUCUGGUAGAGGAGAGAGCGCAGAGAGGGAGACUAGAGGAACGCGGCAGCGGCUCGUGCGUGCGUGUGUAUGCUUGUGCGCGCGCUCGCUCGCUCGCUCGCUCAGUGCUACUAGGAACGACUGGCGAGGCGGAAUAAUGGAGGGGCUCUGGAAAAACGCCGGAAAGUGACCUAGAACCGACACCAAGAGACAGAGAAGAGCGCGAGGAGAAGGAGAAACUGGUUAAGAGCUCGCGAGGACGAGAAGAAGGACGGAAAGGAGAAGGAGAGGAGUCCAACAGAGGAGAGGAAAAGUGUGGACACGAGGAAAAAGGGGGGGUUCAUCUGGAACUCGAACCAGGAUCCUAAAGGAGUGAGCCCUGGGCUGGAUGGGACCCACCAUGCCCCCCAGCAAGAAGGCUCAGAGCCCCAGUAGUGGAGCCAGUGCCUCUCAGGGCAUGAGCCCACCGUACCGGCAGGGGGACGCCGCCACAGCGGCGUCUGAGGCCGAGGCUGCCGACCUCUCACUCUCCUUGUCYGCCUCCUUCUCCAAGGCCGAGGACGAGGAGCUCACCAGCCUCUCCUGGCUCCACGAGAGCACAGACCUCCUCAACAGCUUCAGCCACUCCGGGCUACGUAGCGUCUCCCCUCUGCAGGACCCUGACGGUCAGCACCCCCGCUCGCCCUCCUCUUCUUCUCCMUCCCCAGACGACCCGCUGCUGGGUGACACGCAUUCAGCGUACGACUUGUCGGCGGGGGCUAACCGAAAGCCUCCGUACUCCUUCAGCUGCCUGAUCUUCAUGGCCAUCGAGGACGCCCCGAACAAGCGGCUGCCCGUGAAGGAUAUCUACGGCUGGAUUCUGGAGCACUUCCCUUACUUUGCCAGCGCCCCGACAGGCUGGAAGAACUCUGUGCGGCACAAUCUGUCACUCAACAAGUGUUUCAAGAAGGUGGAUAAAGAUCGCAGUCAGAGCAUAGGYAAAGGCUCUCUGUGGUCCAUAGAUCCAGAGUACAGGCACAACCUGAUCCAGGCACUAAAGAAGACGCCGUACCAUCCGUACUCGCCCAGCCUGGCCGCCCCACCCACCUCCCCGCCCACCCUGCCACCGACGUUCCACCACAGGAACAUCAGAGGCUUGAGGCAGGAAGUCAGAGUGAAGGAGAGGCAGGAGCAGACCAUCAGUCCUCCAUUGUGGUCGGAGAAUCCCCUCUACAGAAAGAACGGAGGACUUCUCCUACAAGUUCCUCGUGGCGUGAUCCAAAACGGCGCUCGUGUCAGGAGCCAGGCCGUGUUCCCUGUUAUCAGACCCCUGCCCGUAAGCCCGGUGGGGAGCAGAACCUCGGCCAUAAGAUCAUCCCUGGGAGAGUAUCUGAGCCGAGGACCGGACAGCCCGACACGGUACUCCCCUCCACCCUGCGGCGAGGACCUCCAGGAGGACCACACGUACAGCACUGCCAAGUCCCCCAGCAGGCUGUCCUCCUCCCAGGGCGCCACCCCGUCCUCCCCGCUGGACGACGACGACAUCAUCGCCGUGGAGAUCGAGUCGGACGUUAAGCCCGAGCCCCGGGAGAUCCCGCUGGAUUCUCACCUGGCCACUGCCGCCACGUACAUCUCCCAGCAGCCCCCGCGCGGACAGAGACGCGGCUCGGGGGCGGGGACUCUGCCGGGCAGCAGCCUGCCCUGGACCAAAAGCCGAGCGAGGGGCCUGAGCGACACGCUGCCGCUCAAGAAGCGGCGCGCGGUGGAGAAGCCGCCGGAGAGCGACGACGAGGAGAUGAAGGAGGCGGCGGGGUCGCUGCUCCACUUGGCCGGCGUCCGAGCCUGCCUCAACAACAUCACAAACCGCGCCGCCAAGGGCCAGAAGGAGCCCAAAGAGGCUCUAAGAAACUAAGACACACACAUUAACGCACGCACACACACACAAAUAGAUCAACAGGUUAUUCAGCAUUAGUCUGAACGGACACUCGUCAUUUCCCUCUAUCUUUCUGCAGGGCAUUAGGUGAAUCCUACUUAUUUGUGGCAAUAUCAAAAAUCUAUGUUUUCCUACAUGUUCAGCAACACUAACACCGAUGGGUAUUUCUCAUGUGUCUACGAUGUUUUUCUUGUUUUUAAAAAAAAGGGGAUGAAAGCCAUAAAAAAAGCAUGUUUUGUCUCUAAUUUGGGCAAGCGGAUAAACAACAACGAAAAGAAAAGCAAACAAAACAAAAAGGUCACACAGGAGGGAGCGCACAGCACGGUGACGGAGGACGGCUGUUUGUCUUUGCCUGUUUUUGUUUCUCCAUGUCCAAUCUGUAGCAAUCUCGCAGUGAUGCCAGCAAAACAAACAUGGCGGAGACUUAGCAUCACUUCUCCUCAACUUACAAACCCACGAGCACAAACGUGAGACUGUGCCAAAGAUACGCGACCAGGUUGCUUCAUGUAGCCAAAACUAAAAGAGGGAAAACAAACAAAACAAAACAAAAAAAGACGAAAAAAGGCAUCGUAGUAAAGGAGUUAGAGUGAAACAAAUGUAAAACCCAAUGGGAUAUGUAUAUUCAUGCAUUUAAGAUUAUUUUACGCCACAUAGGGAAAGCAUCAUGGGUAAAAACAUGGUUUAUUUCCAGAGCACUCAUAGUAUUUAAGAAGAAAUAUAUGAAAAUAAAAAAAAUGGUCAUGUUUAUCACCAUAGAGACAGAUAACGUGCCGGGUUUGAGGCAAUAUCUCCUUCAUUUCGUUGUUGUUGCAUAAUGUAAACAUCCCUGAAACUUCCUCAGUACCUCUGUCCGUAGACACCGGGUCUAGAUCUCAGAGCUWCUGGUAGCUGCCACACCUUCCUCUCCAUACAUGGACUGUGGUUGAUAAAAGUCCGCUCGUGUCUGUUUAACMCUCGCUCUACCCUCAUAAAGAUAUAAGCAAUUUGUCCCGUUCGUGGACAACUCUGUAAAAAGGUUAGAAAAUAUUUUGGUUUUAUUUUUUAUUUUUAUUUUAUUUUUGUUCCGUUCCUUUUCUUAAUUGAAGCAAUUUGACCUGCAGGACUUUCUCAGUUAUAUUGCAUGGGUGCUUGUAAAUAAGAUAAAAAGCAAAUCUUUUUUAUUCAAAGAUCAUGUAAGAUAAACGAUGUAUUUAGCAUGAAGCAUGACUUAUUUUCAUAUAAACCUUGAUCCUAGAGAAAAAGGAGGGAAAGGGGGGGAGAAAACUUUUUUUUUCCCACAAUUCUUAUACCUGUGAUUAUAUUGGAGKUUUUUUAUUUUAAUCUUUUAGGUUUCGUUUUGUUUUUCUGAGUGAGCUUUCUAAGACACGUCUUCAGGGAGCAACGUGGGAGAGCACCAAAGGGUGCCACCUCUGGGCUUUGGGUUCAGGCUGUAUCGGGCCGGCCAGCAGAAUCACCUCUUACAUGAGGGGGAGGGGUGGGGUUCGUCUUCUUCUGCCUGUACAGUUUUAUUUAGUUUAGUUUUUUAUUAUUAUUACUUUUUUUUCUGUUUAGAUGUUCAGUGUUAAGCCCCCCCCAACAUCUGUGGAGUGUGUGUGUGUGUGUUGACACACACCCUUUAACGUUGUGCCUGCCUCCCUGCCUGCCCUCAGCCCGAGCUCCGUAGUCGUGGCUGCGCAGUUGUUACCUGUUUUUAUUU